GCCUCCAAAGUUUCCUUCGCUAGGUAGCCAGCUACAACAAGAGAUCACCGAUGGCAGUGCAGAAGCAUAGCAUCUUGGCUGCCACGGUGGUGCUCUUGUUGGCUAUCAAGAUGGCAUCAUCUCAACCAGCUCCGGGCAAGUCCAAUCCCGAAUCCUUAACUUAUCUCUCCUCACUCACUCUCACCUUCAACCUUCCUCUCCCCUCUGCCCCAUUCUCCGGUCCCCGAACCUCUCCCUUUCGGCACUCCUUACCACCUCUUCACCAACGGCUCGACAAUCGGCUUCAAGUCUCAAUUCUCAAACUGGCAUCCUCCUCUCCCUGCUUCCAGAAGGCGCUGUCUCUUGAUUACAGUGAGAAGAAUCCUACACGGUCUACGCCAGGUUCGAUCUGUGGCAGGAAGGCACUGCAGAAGAAAAUGGCCACAGGCGAGAAGAAGGGAGGUAAAACAAGGAGGAAGGUUGGGAUGGUGAACGAAAGCCUGAGUGUGGCGCGCCAGAUUCGUGCUCUUGUGGCGCACAAGUGCGUGAAGAUCCUUGCAGGCGUUCUUCGAGUUGAGAACGUUGUUGAGAUCGCCAAAUCACAGCCAUUGUUCUUUGAUACACUGUGUCCUCUUCGGCUUCCAUCGGCCAUGGUUCCUCCUCCGCGGCUUCCAUCGGCCAUGGUUCCUCCUCCGCCUCCUUCUCUGUGGAUCACCACCUCAAAGAUUCUUGCAAAGCUUGGUGGAUUUCAUUUCCCCGAAAUCUGGUUUUCUUCCAGUUCUUGGAGUUUAACAUUUAAUCUUAAAGGUUUUUGAUUUUUUAUUAAUGUGUUUGUUUAAUGCUCUGUUUGGUUGGAGAGAAACCUGCGGAAAAGAAAAGAAAGCAAGCCUUUCUGUUUUAUUGAUUCUCCUUUUGAUUAUGUUGGAGUAAUCAACUCUCUUAGUGCCAUCAAUGUUACAUUUCUCCGAUUCUUCUAGUAAAAUGUUUGAACUUUU